AAGCUUGCUGGACGACCCGCCAAUUUCAUGCUCACCAUUUACUCUAUAUAUUACGUCAUGCCACUGCAGGCCUUCGCCUUCCCUUUCCCAGAAACUCGAUUCUUCAGAGCUGGUAGUUUUAUCUACAAGUUCAAGAUCAGAGGAGGCAGCAGCUUCGGAGGAGAGGAAGUUAGGGGAGAAAACUGCUUCUAUCAGGAAAUAGAGGAAAUUAUCAGAACAGUUCUUGGCAACUUGGACAGUCUCCAACCCUUCUCUUGUGCCAACUUCCAUGUCUUCCCUUAUAAGAAGCCGUGGGAGGGAGCGUCAAAGGUGAUGUGCACACAUGGUGAGAGGAGGCUGCGAGCUUACCCGUUUAGUCUAAUCCUCUACCUGGAGAAAAACACACAGAAGGAGGGAGCAAAGCAAACAGCGGAGAAGUUAAGCCCACAGAAAAACGUUGCACAGCAGUUCCCCUCUGUGUCUGAGCCACAGUCAAAGCGUCGUAGAAGAGAUUCACCACUAGAGGAGGCCAUACUAAAGGACUUACACAAGGACAUGGAAGCUGAAAGCAAUGUUUCUGUGGUUGGCAGGCUUUCUCUGCAUCGUCCAAAUGCACAGAGAGAGGUCAAAGAGGAUCAAGCACAUGUUGACAAGAAAGAUUCCAAGGGGUUUGACGAACCAGAGCAGCAAUCAGGAGUUAAUACAGUCAGAGGAAGUGGGACUCCAGAUAAAGUGCAUUCUGGGACAAUACAGCACAUGGGAGAGGAGGAGAGUGAGGAGGAGGGAGACUCUGUCCCUGGGACACCUAUCAGGCCAGGGAUGUGGAGUCGACUGGCCAGCCAUAUAUUCCCCUUCUCCUUGCUCUUCAGAGACCCCUGA